GUCGAAACUGGGUACAUUUUUGCCAUUAAAAAAAUCAACAAAAAGUUUAUAUUUACACAAGGAAAAGAAUUCAUGUUACGUAAUGAGAUUACGGUUUGUAAAAGAAUAUCUCAGGGUCAUAAAAAUAUUUUGACCUUGCACGACUAUUUUGAAACUUUAAAUCAUUUGAUAGACCUUGCACCUGAAGAUCUCUUUGAUCGUCUUUGUGUUAAAGGCAGUUAUGAUGAAUGCGAUGCUGUUCAUAUUAGUAAAACUAUAACAAGUGCUAUUUUUUAUCUUCACAGUAAUGGAAUUGUUCAUCGUG